UGGCGAUGAAGAUGACGACGGUGACGAAGGCUCUCCUCCUCAUCCUCGCGGUGGGCGUGGCCUGCGCCGACGUCGACCCCGCCCAGAUCUCGGGGCCCUGGCGCACCUUCGCCGUCGCCGCCGACAACCUGGACCAGGUCCAGGAGGGGGGGCCGCACCGCAUGCUGCUCCGCCAUGUUGAGUGCCAGGAGGGCUGCAACGCCCUGAACGUCUUCUUCUACGUCAGGAAGAACAAGGUCUGCACCCCACACACGGUCGAGGCCCGGAAGGACGCAGACGGCGUCUACACCGCUGAGUUCGAGGGCCAGAACUACUUCCAGCUCCUGGGCGAGGACCCCGACAGCCUCGUCGUCAUCAACAGGAACAGGGGGCCCAACGGCACCGCCACCCGCACCAGCUUCCUCUUUGUCAGGUUGAAGGUCAUGCACGAGGAGCGGAUGGCGGAGUUCGCGAGGCUCACGGAGCAGCACGGGAUCCCGCGGGAGAACAUCCUGCGCGUGGGCGACACGGACACCUGUCCGCCCUGAGGACGCCCGCCCCCCCCGGAGAAGGUUCCGGAACAUUCUAGAACAUUCCGGAAUCGAGCGUCCCCGGCUGCCCCUCCUUCCCGCUGAUGCAAUAAACUCGUCCCCAGC